UGUGUGUGUGUGUGUGUGUGUGUGUGUGUGUCAUGGGAGUCAUGAAAGACAUUGUUUACACUCUCCCUUUAAAGGGAGCCUGACUUUGAGACAGAGGUCUGCAAUCAACAUGUAAGGUCAAAUGAAGGGCAUUUCAUAAUCAACAUACUUUUACCAUUUACAGUUCUACACAAUUGAAUUUUAGUGCAGUGUUUUUGUAGACAAUAUAAAAGAUUUUUGUCCUUUUCUUCCAAAUUUACAUUUAAAAGUGUGACUUUGAUUGUGGGUGAUUUUUUUGUUUUAGUAAAUGAUUGUCUGGUCAGGUCAUAUGAAUGGCCGCUAGCAAUCUUUGCAGCUCUCUCAAGUGCGACUGCCUCAAUUGUCUUAAUGUCCACAGUCGUACCUGCACACAUAUCCACAGCGUCUUUCAGGCAGCAUGAGAUUCCCGGAUGAGACUCGUGAGAGUGCAAGCGACAGCCGCAUGCAGGAGAGAAGAAAUGAAAAGGAGAAUAGAACGCUGCUCCGCGUUCAUCCAGGGAAACCCCACAGACGCUUCCGUGGGUUUGUCAAAGGUUGUCUUUUGAAGCUAACAUGUUGUCUGGAAAGAAUGUGUGCGAUGGAAUGGUACAUCUAUGCUGCUCUUGGAAUUUUAAGCGCCGUUCUCAGCUUUCUUAUGGACCUGAGUGUCAGCAAGCUCCUCACAGCUCACCAGUGGCUUUACAGCCAGCUGGAGGGCAACAAUCUGCUGCAGUUCUUUUGCUGGACUCUCUACCCAGCAUGCCUAUGUGCCAUCUCAGCUUCACUCUGCCACAACAUCUGCCCCUUCUCCACAGGUUCUGGAAUACCAGAAGUGAGGACCAUGCUGACCGGCAUCCAACUACCACAUUACUUAUCGCUCACCAACAUGAUGGCCAAGUUCCUGGGGCUCAUUUGUACACUGGCAGCAGGGAGCACAAUCUUCCUAGGAAAAGUGGGUCCAUUUGUGCAUCUUUGCACCAUGAUGGCGAGCUACCUGAGCAAGCUUUGCUCGCUGCUGCAAACCACAAAGAAGAAGAAAGCAGACGGAGACAUGCUAGUUGUCGCCGCCGCAGUCGGUGUCGCUAGCUGCUUUGGAGCACCUAUAAGUGGUGUGCUCUUCAGCAUGGAGGUGAUGUCCUCUCACUUUGCCAUGCGCAACUACUUCCCGUCUUUCUUCUCAGUGGUUUGCGGUGCUUUAACCUUCCGCUUGUUAUCAGUGUUGAGUGGAGAUGAAGAGACUCUUCAGGUGUUGUUUCAAACCAAUUUCCCGACGGCUUUCCCCUUCCUCCCGUCGGAGAUUCUGCUUUUUGCUCUGCUGGGGCUGCUGUGUGGAGCUGUGAGCUGCUUGUACCUUUCCUUGCAUCGCCUCAUGCUGCAGCUCAUUACCACAAACGCCGGCCUCAUCAAUAUGCUGAAAACAGAGAAAGCAGUGUACUCUGCUGUCGUCGCCUUCUUUUUGGCAUCGCUCACCUUCCCGCUCUUCGUGGGUCAACACAUGGCUUCCGAGUCCAGCAUGAAGCAGCUCCUUAGCUCCCUGCUUGAAAAGGCAGCAUGGACGUCUCAAUCUCACAACGCCUCGUGGCAGCUGGAGACGCAUUGGGGCUGCUCUGAGCAUCCUGUCUUCCUGUCCCUGACCGUCUUUCUGCUCAUGAAGCUGUGGAUGUUAGCGCUUGCCUGCACUCUGCCUCUCCCGGCCGGGUACUUCAUGCCAGUCUUCAUUUAUGGGGCAGCUCUGGGCCGUUUGCUUGCAGAAGGAAUCAUUUACAUUUCCUCACAUACACAGAAAUUGUCUUCUAUCAAUCCUGGGGGAUACGCACUUGUUGGUGCAGCAGCCUUCUCCGGGGCUGUGACGCACACCUUAUCACCGGCUCUCUUGGCCUUGGAAUUAACUGGUCAACUCAGCCAUGUUGUUCCCUCCCUCCUCGCCACUGUGCUGGCCAACGGCGUGGCUCGUGCGGGCGGCCGGCCAUCUUUCUAUGACGCUGUUUCCAUCAGCAAGAAGCUGCCACACCUGCCCUCACUCGUCAUGGCACAUCCCGGGCUUCUCUCCACUCAGGUGGGACACCUUUUGGGAGCGUCAAAACCAGUGCAGCUGCAGAAAGCGGCUGGCCCGGAGGAGGUCCGCCAGGUUGUCAACAGCAGCAGCGAGACUCAAAUCCCUGUGGUGGACUCGCAUGAGACACCAACGUUGCUGGGCUUUGUCAUGCGAUCGCAGCUGCUGAUGUUCCUGCGGCGAUGCGGGAAUUCUCAGAGAGUUGAUCGACAUUUAGAGAAGGUAUGCAACAUUCGACCUUCUUCUGCUGUGUUGUGUCCUCAAAGCACCAUUCAGGAGGUUUUCAGCAUCCUGAGCCUUGCUGGGGAUCAGACUGUGUUUGUCACCGACAGAGGAAGGCUGUUCGGGCGGGUCACAUGGUCAGAGAUGAAAAGAAUUUUAGAAGAUUUGGCCAAAGAAAUCUAAGGCGCCCAGAGGAGAUACAGCCACGUUUGACCUUUUCAUUCAUUUGCAGUUAAUUUGCAUCGAAUGAGAACCAUUUGAAUAAAGAGCCUGAGCACUAAUUGGUUGACUUUAAAUUA